AUGGAUCCGAACUUAAUACAACAAAUGACACUACAAGAUCCAGCUGAGGCGAGAUUUACCAACUUGGAGAGGACUUUGGAGCAGUUUCAGGUUUUUUUCGAUUUAAAAAAACCUUUCUAAAGAAUAAAAAUUUUUGAGCUUCAAAUUACACUUGCUUGGUUCUAAACAACUUAUUUUUUUAUAAUUUAGGAUUGAUUUUUUGAAAAAAAUUAUAUAUUAAUUAUCAAUUUUUUUAUCGAAAAGUGUCUUUUUGAGCGGCUUUUUCAUGACUGCAAAUUGUUUAUUUAUUUUUAAAAAAACAAGAAAAAUAAAGGAAAAUCUUCAAUUUCAAGGAAAAAUUCCCGUCAAUUGGGAGUGAUUGCCAGUGAUUUCACUCAACGAAGCCAAGAGCCCCUCAAUCAGAAGCUCACGACUUUGAUUUCUGGCCUUCAGGUUCAAAAAAAAUAUCAUUGAAAGUCUCUAAAAUUAAUAGAAAAAUUUUAGGAACUCGACGCAAUUAGAAGGAAUUUCGACGAUAUCCGAGUGCCAAUGGAACUUCUCACCUUCUUGGACCAAGGCAAAAAUCCGCAAUUGUUUACGAAAGAAGUCCUUGAGAGGACGCUGCAGAAAAAUAAGGAGGUUUGGAAGAGAAAUUUGAAAAAAAAAGUUGUUAAAGUUUUUUUUUUGUGUUCAGGAUUCCUUGCGGGAGUUUUUCGAAGAUUUGAAAGUUUUUGAAUUACCGUGAAAAUGGAUUUUUGUUUGGAGGCAUUCGAAAAAUAAAUUGAGCUUUUGUAAAACCUGGCUUGAACAGAAAAUUUUGCAUUUCCUUCAAAUUUUUUAAACUUCCUUUUCAACUUUUCAACUUCCUCAACAUAAUUUUUUUGAGAAGAUUUAUUUUCAUCUAACUUUUUCUUGUUUUGCAUUUCUGAAUAAGAAUCGGAAAUCUUUUUCAUUCGAACUUUUCGCCAUUUACAAGGAAUUAUCUCUCUUUCUGUAGAUAUAUUAUUAAUCCAAGAAGUACACAAAAGUAAAACUUUGCUAGAAAAAAAUCAAAAAUCAAUUUUGAAAUGGACUUUCUAAGGAAGAGAGUGAGGUUUAAAAAUAUCACGACCAGAUUUUUUUGUACCUUUAGCCUUCAGAAGUAAUUGCGCGAAAAAUUCGAAUAUUCUCGGAAGUAUAAUGAUUAUAUUUCCAGGUGAACGGCAAGAUCGAGAUGUACAAGAAGUUCAAAGCGUAUCUGCUGAAAGAACUCGGCGACGAGGCGCCAGCCAUCGCCGUCAUGUACAGGACCUUGAGAGAGGAAAAGGAACGGGAACCCAGUCCUUCGUAG